AUGUCUAGUCCACAUCCUUGUAAUAAUACUGUGACGUCUAAAAAAUACGAAAUGAGCUUAUAUGACAACGCAAAAUGUGCUUGCGAGGGUAAUCCUACAGUGGACAAUUGUCGUCCCGACGGAAUUACGGAGGGACCAGAAUGUUAUGGGCGAGGCACCUGUGCCUGCGGCAGAUGCUUUUGUGAUCCUAACCCUGACCCAGAAAAUCCUAGCAAGGUUAUAAUUGGCGAACACUGCGAAUUUGACAAUUUCUCUUGUGACGGUCCAAAGUGUAAUGAAGGACCUUAUUCAAUUAACGAGCUACACUUGUAUACUGAAAGCAAUUCAGACGAUUUUCCUGAAACUGAACCAGUAGAAGUGUAA